AUGUCAGGUUAUGUGACUGUUAAUCGUCUUUCACUUGUUCAAUUACAUACUGAAGAACGUAAACAACAAGCUCAUCUAAAAAAAAUCGCUGAAAUGCAACGUCGUGCUGGUAUAGAUAAUAGGAAACCUGCAUAUUUUCCUCAUCGUAAUAUUAGUUUUAAUAAACAUGAAAAGCAAAAAUAUCGAGAUAUUGCCAAUGAAAAUUAUGUUAAAUCAAAAAAAUUAAUCGAUAUUAUGCAAUCAAAAGCAGUUUAUCCACCAUCAUCAUCAUUUCAUUCUACAAAUUCAAAUCGUUAUCGUCGUCCAUCAUUAACUUUAUCACAAAAUAAGACAGAUUAUGCUGAAAAAAUUUCAAAAGUCAAAGGUAUCUAUGAUGUACGUAAAUGGAAACAAGGAUUUGAAGAACAUAAAGAACAUUUAAAAAUAAGUAAAAAUAAUAAAUUAUUUACACCACGUGAUAUUGGUGUUAAUCGACAACGAAUUAAAAUUAAUUCUGUAGCGAAUACUGGACAAUCAACAGUUUCAUCAUCAAAAAAUAAUCUACAUCAUUCAUUUGAUAAUCAUGAUUGA